GACACGCCGUGCUGGGGUCCGGCACCUGCGGGGUCGGCUGUCCCGAGGGAUGCGUGAUCCCGCUCCUCCGCGAUCGCUUGGAAACAGCCUCCGGCUAACGGGGUAGCUAGCGGCUUUUCGCUGAUAGUUUUGUAGGACCCCAGCUGGGUAACAAACGUCGAGACUAACAAAUAGGGGAUUUAUUUCCUGGCUGUCAUUUUUGAAAAAAAAAACAAAAACAAAAACAAAAAAAAAAAACAGUGGGAAAAAAAAGGUACUUGACUUUUUUUGCCCUAUCAGACACGGUACUUUUCAGAAGUCAUUGUGUAAGUAGAUGUUGCAUGUCUGUGCUUUGCGCCUUUACUUGUAGGCAUAAUGUAGAGAUAAAUCAAUAUUCCUGGGGAAAAAAAGUAUGGACUUAGGACAGUUUUGUAAGGAGUACUGAGAGAAAUUAUUCCAUCUCCUGUUGGUACUUGCUUUAAACCACAGCUUUAUAAAUGCAGAAUAUAUACAGAAGCUUGUAUUGCAGAAGCUAGGCAGUAGUAAGCAGAAGUUAGUAAGUGUAAGAGAGUCCCAUUGAUUGGCUCCAGUUUGUGGACCUUCCAGCACUCAGCAAGUUGUGUACUGGGAUGGAACACUCAGCUUUUGCUGCCUGUGUCAGCAGUAUCAGCUUAUCCCUCUCUUUAAAUAUUUCACUUAAAUUGCCAGUGUUGUUCACCACCUGUGGAAAUGCUCUCAAUGCAGUAGUUUGGGGAUCAAGUAGUUCCUGUUUAUCUAUAAUGCAAUGUUCAUCCCUGAAAGUACACAGUCCUUGGGGGUUGAGGGGAAAUCCAGACCAUCCAAAUGUCUGUGUUUGGUAUCUCUUUUGUGAUGUUACUCUAGGUUAAAAGAAGUUUAAAUAUAUGUAACCAAUGGUCUUAAUUUGAAUUCUGUACACAGAAUCAUGUUUAUGCUUUUAAAAUGCUUUAAAGUUGCACAUGUAAUAGUGAAAUUCAGUCUUUUUAAUAAUCAAGAAAGGUGUUGGGUUUUGGGGGUUUUUAAAUUAUAUUUCUGAAGCAAUAGUACACUCAGAAAAGUUACCAAAAUACCAUUUGGGUGUAAAAACAUAAGUCAAAAUCUUAGCCCAGAAGCAACCUGGAAAAGCAGAUGCCAUCAAAAGUUGACUGAUGUGUCUGGUUGGGUGCUUUUUGGUUUGGUUUUCUCUUCAUUAUGGAUGCAACAUGCUGACUUGUGAGGGGCAUGUCAGGAAAAUUUUGAGAACACCUUCCUUUUCUUAUACUUAGCAGAUGCAAUGAAAUAAAUUUGUUGUCCUUAAGGGAAAAAAAAUACAUCAGUAUUGAUGUGCUUUGUUAUAAAAUCAUGUGCCCAUUUUGCAGUCAGAGAAUUCAAAAAAUACUUUGUUAUGAAACUGCAGAGUUAUGUAUGUGGUUUUGCAACACCAGUGAUGAUACCAGUAGGUGUUUGGCCAAGUCAUAUAUGCAUGUUACGCUAGAUUAGAUUGAUCAUGUCAAGUGAAAGAAGUUACAGAAGGGAUUUAUUAAAAAUACUAGUGGAUGACUUCCUGCUUGUUCCAGUCCUGGUUUUUUUUCGGGUAGGAGCUUGAUGUCCACUGACUUAGUCACAAAGUUCAAUGGUUAAAAGUAUAUCUGCUGAUUUAUGGGACAUGCUGAGAAAUUUAUUUACCUUUCUUUAUAGAGUUCCUAUUCUUCUGUGAGAGAAUAUUCAGACAAUCUUAUGUGGAAUCUUAGGGUUAACAACAUGGAAGAGACCGAUGAUGCUUUUGGUUAACCUGUUUGUUCUGCUGUCUAUGAUCAGUGUCAUGCUGAACGUGAUUGGAUUCAUACUAGGAUGUGAAGGCAUUCAGUUUGUGUCUGGAGUACCCAGAUGUGAUUUGAUGGAUGAAAACAAGACUUGUUUGUGCUGUGAAGAACCUCAUCCCACUGAAUGCACAGAAGUAGAGGCUGUACUGAAGCUAUACCAUGUGAAGUCAUGCGGUGCUGCUCACCUUCUUCUCAAGAAAGUUCUCUUAGCUCUUAGCACCCUGAAUGCUCUCGCCGCUACAGUUUGCUUCACAGCGUCUGCCCUGCAUUACUUGCAGAUACUUGCAUCAAGAAGAUUCUGCACAGGUGAAUCUGAGACUGAAGACGAAGAUUACGAUUUGGAUCCUGAUGAUUUUGUCCCACCUGUCCCGCCUCCCUCCUAUUUUGCAACUUUUAAUUCUUGUACCCCACAAACAAGUCACAGCACAGCUGUCUCUCAUGUGAUUUCUAUGCCCCAUAUUUAUGGAAUGCGAAUCAAAGGUGUUGAAGUGUUCUGCCGUCUGGACCGACCUCCACCUUAUGAAGCUGCGUGCAGCUUAAAAAGCUCUGAGCAGGGAGGUGCACCUCAACUAAAUGGCAUGAAAGAUGUUGAUUCAGGGGAAGUAAGUGACAGGCAGACCUCUCAAGCUGAAGAAAUUCAGGAGCCUUCCAGCAGAGUGAGCCUUUCCCCUUCAAAUGCAAGCUGUGUGUCUGCAGGAGUGAACAGGAGAGCCUUCAAUUCCUUGCGGAAAUACUCUAAAAGUGACCCUGUGCUCCACUGCCAGCUGCCUCAAGGGACAGUUCUCAACUGUGAAACUGCAGCACUCAGUGAUGUAAAUCCACUUAACGCGGUCACCUUGCAGAAGAGUUCAAGAGCAAGAGCUUUGAGGGGAAGACCCCGAUCUCUGAUAGACUAUAAAUCUUUCAUGGAGACUAAACAGCGUGUGGCAAGGAUCCUUGAGCAGUCCUCCAGCAGCAUGAGCCCAGACAUACAUGACGCGGUGGAAAAUAUCAAAUGUGUUUUAAAAUCAGAUGAGAAACAUAUGGCAGAAGCUGUCACCAGUGCCACUUUCCUUGAGCAGGUGAUGACACAUGCUCAGCAAGCCACACCUUUGCGAGUCAGUGUGUUACCUCUCAGAUUACAUCCUCGAUUGCUGUACCUGGAGAGCUGUGGUGACCUGAGUACUUUCACCACAGAGGGAGAAGACCCAGCAGAGAGGAGAAUCCAAAGAGCAGAACGUGAACGGACUUCUAGUCUUACUGGUGUUGUCAGGGAAACUUCACUUUGAGCUGGGUUUUUGGUUAUUCCUCAGCAGAAGUACUUCUGUCAGACAUAUACAUACUGCAGAGGAAAAUAUCUCUGGCAAGUGGGUGGAUGGGUUUCUCAAUAAUUGCCUUCUUUUUUAAUAUUCUUAUGCUCAGACUACAAAGGGGAAGAUCAUUCCACAAAGAGCAUUAAGCAGAUUGAAAACUGACCUUUACUGGGCUCUCAGCUGCAGCUCAUCUGUUUGUGAUACAUUAGUGCUGUGCAUUUCUGUGAAGUUUGGUAACAUGUAGUUGUGGGGUAUGAUGAUACAUCAUCCUUGUGGAAGGAGCUGUCAAAAGCAGUAUUGAAGGAAUUGGCAACUUUUUGGUACUUUGGUUUAAAUUAAAAUCUCCUGUCAUCAAAUGGAGCCCUUCAGAUACAAACUACAUUAGUAAAAAAAUGGUGUACAGAAUUCUGAAGUUAUUCUUUACAAAAGAAAGUUGUUGAAGUGCAAACUUUACUAAGAAUAAAAAAUGUCCUGAAGAAGA